AUGCGAUCUAUGUGCACAGCAGCAGCACACGGUGAAAAGGCUGAAGCGGCGGAGGAGGAGAAAAUUCGAAAAGAUGCUGAGCCGUUGAGCCUCAAUCAAGCGCUGUAUUUGACGACUGAGCUGGGCUUAUACACCACAAGGGAAAUGCAGCUGCGUGUUAUGAAGUCGCCCUCAUUUUCAACGGAUUCGGCGGCUCCUUUUGUAUUAGAGGACUUUUUCAAUUCUAUGGAUGAGGGCUUCAAAAAAGCAGAAGAGGAAUUUGAGGUAUUGCAUGUUGGUGAGGAGGAGAAGGGAACGGCUGAGGAGCAGCAGGUGGACGAGGAGAAGGUUGAUACGGUGAACUCAGUGAUCCAUAAUAAACUGGUGAGAGCGUUUACCACUAACCCCAAGGAAGCUCGGUCGUUCGUGUAUAACGGUGAGGAGUGGAAGGAGAGGGCUGAGGGACGAGGCCUGAGGAAAAGGGCUACUGCGCACGUAGUGUUGCAACGUGGUAGCGGUGUUAUCAAGGUCAACGGCGAUGAGGAUUUCUAUGUGCGGUUCCCUUUGUAUUACAACAGGUAG